GAGUCAAUCUGCAAGAACCAACAGUGAUGGCUGCUCCUCUGGCAUCGGCUGCUGCCGCUGCUACUCGAGUAUUCUGUCUCCCUCAAAAUCUAAAACCACGCACCAGUUUGAGAUUUGGUACGUUUCGGUGCUCCAACAACAACAACAACGGCAACAACAAAGUAGCGCUCAGGACUUGCAAAAAUUGCAAAACCCAGUUCGAUCCAUCUCUCAAUCACCUCAGGGCUUGUCGAUUUCACACCGCUCAUUUUGGAGGAGAAACAAAGAGGAAGUUUGAAAGUGUGUACACGGGGGGCACCAUGAGCACUCCCAACUCUGGCAAAGUUGUUCAAUACUGGCAUUGCUGUGGCUCUGAAGAUCCCUUUGACCCUGGAUGUACCGCUGCUCCUCACUCCUCCUAUGAUGACUGACAUCACUCAUCCUUUCUUUCUAAUAUGGAUUUCAUUGUCAUUUUCAUGUUGGAAUCAUUACACAACCAUCAUUUAUCUUAUCUUAAAUGGCCACUGUGCUCAAGUGCUUUUACUAUUUACCGAGUAUUUUGAGUUUAAGGAAAAAAAAAAAAAGGGGUAGCAUGAAGCCAUCAAAGCAUCAUCCUCAAAUUCUUAAGGGGUGCAUGAAGCCAUACAAAGCAUCAUCUUCAAAUUCUUCUUACUUUUUCAAAGUUGAGAAAAGCCAGAGAGAGAAUGGGAUGAGAAAAGCAGAUUUCGUUGUAAGCUAAAGCAAAAGCCUAUAAAGCAGAGGGGAUAUGUUUAAUGCUGUGUGUUAGUCCUCCCUUUCAUUUCAUCAAAGAUUCUGUUUGCAUCGUCAAAAUUCUCAUCCUAAUAUUUGACAUUACAUAUAUGCAUUACGACAUUUGAUUUGUUAACUUAAUGGUAAUUUUUCUUC